GAACGCGCGGGCGCGCGCGAGGCAGCCGGGCCGCGCCGCCUCGCCCUCGCCCUCGCCCCGCGGCCGCCGGCCGCCCCAGCCCCUCCCCUUCGCCGCGAGCCGCGCACCGCCGGCCGGCUGAGCCAGCGGCCCGCGCCCUCGUCCGCCGACCCCGCGGCGGGCUCCGGGCGGCCGGCAGCAUGAGCGGCGGCGGCGGCGGCGACGUGGUGUGCACCGGCUGGCUGAGGAAAUCGCCCCCCGAAAAGAAGUUGAGGCGCUAUGCCUGGAAGAAACGCUGGUUUAUCCUGCGGAGCGGCCGGAUGAGUGGCGACCCCGACGUCCUGGAGUACUACAAGAAUGAUCACUCCAAGAAGCCCCUGCGCAUCAUCAACCUGAACUUCUGCGAGCAGGUGGAUGCAGGCCUGACCUUCAACAAGAAGGAGCUGCAGGACAGUUUCGUGUUCGACAUCAAGACCAGCGAGCGCACCUUCUACCUGGUAGCCGAGACGGAGGAGGACAUGAAUAAGUGGGUCCAGAGCAUCUGCCAGAUCUGCGGCUUCAACCAGGCAGAAGAGAGCACAGACUCCCUGAGGAACAUCUCCUCCGCCACGCACGGGCCGCGCUCCUCUCCAGCGGAGCUCAGCAGCUCCAGCCAGCACCUCCUCCGGGAACGGAAGGCCUCGGCCCCGUCGCACUCCAGCCAGCCGACCCUGUUCACCUUCGAGCCCUCGCUGUCUAACCACGCGCAGCCGGCCCUGUCCACCAGCGCGCCGCAGGAGUACCUCUACCUGCACCAGUGCAUCAGCCGGAGGGCGGAAAACACACGGAGUGCCAGCUUCUCUCAGGGCACCAGGGCCUCAUUCCUCAUGAGAAGCGACACAGCCGUGCAGAAACUUGCCCAGGGCAAUGGGCACUGUGUCAACGGGGUCGGUGGUCAAGUCCACGGCUUCUACAGCCUCCCGAAGCCAAGCCGGCACAACGCCGAGUUCAGAGACAGUGCCUACGACCUCCCCCGGAGCCUGGCCGCCCACGGCCACACCAAGGGCAGCCUCACCGGCUCCGAGACGGACAACGAGGACGCGUAUACCUUCAAGAUGCCCAGCAGCACCCUGUGCCGGGAGUUUGGGGACCUCCUGGUGGACAACGUGGACGUUCCAGCCACCCCGCUCUCGGCCUACCAGAUCCCUAGGACGUUCACGCUGGACAAGAACCACAACGCCAUGGCAGUGGCCACACCUGGGGACUCGGCCAUAGCUCCACCUCCCCGGCCCCCCAAGCCAAGUCAGGCAGACACACCUCGAUGGGGCAGCCCUCAGCAGAGACCCCCCGUCGGGGAAGGCAGCAGAUCGGUCUCUGCCGCCGCCACCAUCCCCAGGCGUAACACCCUCCCAGCCAUGGACAACAGCCGGCUUCACCGAGCUUCUUCCUGCGAGUCCUACGACUACCCGCAGCGUGGUGGAGACAGUGCCGGCCGGUCUGCCGAGUCCGUGAGCGAUGCAGUCAGCGCUUUCCUGCCAGCGAAAGCAGUCGUGGGUCGAUCAGACAGCACCAAUUCCGAGGACAACUACGUGCCCAUGAACCCAGGCUCCUCCACCCUGCUGGCUUUGGAGCGAGCCGGUGAUAACUCCCAGAGUGUCUACAUCCCCAUGAGCCCGGGGCCGCAUCACUUUGACCCACUCGGCUACCCCUCCUCAGCCCUCUCUCUGCACCGAGGUUCCAGCAGAGGGAGUGAGAUCCAGCCACCCCCUGUAAACCGCAACCUCAAACCUGACCGGAAGGCAAAGCCAACCCCACUUGACCUGAGAAACAACACCGUCAUCGACGAGCUCCCCUUCAAGUCCCCCGUCACCAGGUCUUGGUCCAGGGCCAUCCACUCCUUCAAUCCCAGCUCCUCCCAGUACUGCCGCCCCAUCUCUACUCAGAGCAUCACCAGCACCGACUCCGGAGACAGUGAAGAGAACUACGUCCCUAUGCAAAACCCUGUGUCUGCAUCUCCCGUUCCCAGCGGCACCAACAGCCCAGCCCCUAAGAAGAGCACUGGCAGUGUGGAUUAUCUGGCCCUGGACUUCCAGCCGAGCUCCCCAAGCCCCCACCGCAAGCCAUCCACGUCAUCGGUCACUUCCGACGAGAAGGUGGACUAUGUUCAAGUGGACAAGGAGAAGACCCAGGCCCUGCAGAACACCAUGCAGGAGUGGACAGACGUGCGGCAGUCCUCGGAGCCCUCCAAGGGUGCCAAGCUGUGACGGCCCACGCCCAGGGAGGGGCCCGGAGGCCCCGUCUGCAGAGCCGGCCUCCGGUCUGCUCGCCCUUCGCCUCUGCAGCGCGCCCGCCUGCCCACCUCCUCUCUCUGCCACUCUGGCCUUCAAAGCACUUGGCAUCAGGGACCCUGACCCCUUCCCCCUGGGAGGCGAGGGCCUGAUCGAGGCACUUCCUCCGCCCUCUCCGGGCCCACCUUUGAUUUUUAUCAGCAAUGGCCAUCCUACCUUAGUUAGAGCUCUUGCCAAAAAGCAUCCUCAAGCCUCCGCCUGCCCUUCAGACCCGAAUAUCUACCGGAAGUGUGGGGGUGGGGCCGCGGCUCUGAGCCGAUUCCGCACCUCACCGUCCGGCCUCCAGCUACUGGGCUCCCCGCCUCGGCCCCGGAAGAGGCCACAUCGUCCCGCUGACCAGGCGGCCAAAGAGCAGCAGGCCAGUGUGGACACAGACCUCUUCGUCCCUGCCUCCCUUGGCAGGGGCGGGGCGAGGCCACCCAAAGGUGGAGGAGCCGCGGAGGAAGGUCAGAGGCGGUCUUGAGGGACAGAGGAAUUAGAGCCCGAGACGCAGAAGGGCAGUGCAGCCCCGCAGGGGUUUCAGGGCAGCCCCCCACUUUCAGGGGUGGGAGAGGUGGAAGGAGGGAGAGGCUGGGGAUGACCGGCCACCGAGAACCCGGAGCGGGGCUCAGAGCCCGGGAGACGGGGAGACAGACGCUGCGGAGCCGGGCCCCUGGGACCGUGAAGCCACAGGCCCGCUCUAACAUCCCGGACAGAGCGCCGUGCCCCCGACCCCGCCAGCCCGGGGGCACCGCGCUGGACAAGGCUUGGACUGUGUUGGGCGACACAGCUUGGGGCGGGGGCACCGCAUGGCGAGCGGGGCCGGUGGAGCCGUGGGGAGGUGACGCGGGGUGCAGGGUGGGUGUGCGGGGGGGCGGGGUACCGAGGGGCCACCCUGGGACGGCCUGGGCGGAGGCACACGGCGGUGCCCGGGACUGGCAUGGAGACGGCGCAGCAAGUGAGCUUCUGUAAGACGGGCGGCGCGGCGGGGGCGGCUGAGAGUCGGGGUGGGGGCUGUGGGGGCUCUGGGAGGUCCACCCAGCGCGCCUGUUGGAGAGAGAGCCCGCGGCAGUGCCACGGAGACGCAGGCUGAGCAGAAAGGGAGCGGUGACGCCGCUCUCGGGGCAGCUGGCCUGGUGGCAGGCGAGGGCAGUUCCCAGGACUGACGGAUGGCGGGCAGAACAGAGCCCCGAGCACGUGGCAGGGUGACCGGUGGCUUGUGCCCUCAGACUGAGGUUUGUGCAGGGCCCACGAAAGGUUGGGGCGUGGCCUGGUGCCAGGGCACCCCCAGUUGCUCUGUGGAGUCCCAGGUGCCCUGUUGGACUCAGGCCUGGCUACAGAGACAGGAGAGGAGAGGGCUGGGCUGGAAGGGCCCCCAGGUCGGCGUCACCCUCUGCCCUCUGCCAGGACAGAAGGGGGCAUCACCCCAGGCUCCCUCUCUCAAGCCUGGGGAGGGAGACGCUCUUAUGUUAGAGUUCUUGGACAAAUUUUUUAAAAGUUUCAGAGGCAACUGGGCGGACCAGACGUUUCACCCUACUCUGGGGAGAACAGACCUUCUUCCUCCAAAAGAAAUGAGUUCCGACCCUUCCUAAGGGAGGUGGCUACUGCCCUCACCCCUCAGCAGCCUGAGGCCUGACCGUGCUCCGUCCCGGGAGAGACGGUCCCAACAGGUGAGAACUCCUCCUAGUAUCAGUCACAUCAACUCAGUUAAGUGAUGGCCGCGGCUGCGGUGGCCAGGUCUGGACUGGGCACUGAGGACACAGGAGUUAAUCAGACUUUGUGUUUGAGAAGGUCGCGCUCGAUGAGAAAAAAAGACAAGGACACGUCGCUGAUGGCCAUGAGAGACUCAAAGCUGGGGAUGUGCGGAGAAGUCAAGGCCACUUCUCCAGGAGGCUGGUGUGCGGGCGGGAGUGGGGAGGUGUGCAGAUCAGGGAAUGUGGUUUCUAGGAAAAGCGGGUGCCUGAGUUGGCCGGAGGGGAAGAAGGGUCAGAUUUUUAGGGGAAGGAGGGUGGGUCUGGGCUCCAGGGGAGGAAGACAGAGAGACUUGUGCUUUGGGAACAAAAGACCUUUGGGAGUAUGGGCCCGGCCCAGGCCCUCAGCAGCAGCAAGGCCUUGGUGUUCGCACAGAUGAAGUGGUGAUGGUGGCAGUGGCCUCCCCUGGGCAGGGUUUGGUAGGGCCCUCUGCAGACUGUCUCAUAUGGCAGAGCUUUGAAUGGUAGCCCCACCCCACCCCAGAGGCUACAGGUGGGCCCAGGUAUGGAUGCGUCAGUUCCCAGCAUCGUCCCCUGUUGAUCAUCAGGUGCCCUAAUGAUGUCAGUGUUUUCUGAAUGUGCCGUAAGGUGAGUGAGACUGGCUGGAGUCUCAAGAGAUGGAGGUGUUCAAAUCUAACCUCCAAGGAGGCCUCCCUCUAGCUCUUCGUUCUUCCAACCCCCAAACCCUUAGAGUGGAGGCGGGAGCAGAGACCAGAGGAAGUACAAGAGAAGCAGAGAAUGCUGAAAGCAGACUUGGGGCUAAGCCCCAGGUCCCAGGUGUCUAACAUUCUCGUCUGUGGCUCAGAGUUCAUCUCUGUUGGUGGCCUGGCACAGACGGAGACCCCAGGAGGCCCCGCGUCCGGCCAGCAGAGCCCCCUCCUGCCGGGGGCUCCCAGGAGCAGCAGCUGUCUCCCAUUCCAGCUCCCCGGGGUUAAAGGCAGGGAGGAGUGCUUGCAGGGAGCUGUGUCUCCUCCCCACCUUGGCGGGGUCAGCUGGGCCCUGAGGCUCUCCUGUGACUGCUCCCUGCUUUGUGACCUGUGUCAAGGGCCAGUUAACCCAGUGCCCUCCCUAGACCUGACUGCAGUAACUUUUACACUCGAAACCGUUCAACUGCGUCCCAUCCCUAGGACAGAAGCACAACGGUUCUCAACCUGCCCUGGGGCUAAGGCCCCCAGCUGUGGCCACCCCGCCCUGCCCUGCCCACGGCCCUCUGACGGAGCUCCGGAAGCUGGAAGCAGAGCGCGGGGCAGGAGGGAAGUCGGCACGUCCUUCCCCGUCUCCGUCCAUCUGUCCGUCUGCACACGGCGAGGGUCAGAGGCUGCGCACAGGAGCGCUCAAGCCGCCGCCUUCAGAAACUCACUCAGCUCUUCGGGGGGCCAGGUGGGCUGCCUACCGAGGGGCUGGCGCGUGAUAUUUGGUGGUGUGUGUUCUUACGUGUUUGUUGGUUACAUGUGUCUUGAAAUGUAGAAUCAUUUCCCACAGAAUCGUUGCUUUGUCGAGAAGAGAAAACGGGCUAGAAGAAGCCCGGUCUUAGGUUUCUGGCCCUGUUACCAUUUAAAAUUGACAUUUAAUUUUUCAAAUCGCUGUUGGUGCCUAAUCACUUAAGUUAUUAAUUUAUUGUUUUCUUUUUAAAAAAAAUUUGUAACAUGUAUUUAUCCUGUGAGUAGGUCUGGGGAGGGAUGGGAAUGCAUUCUCAGGCGUCCUGUUUUGGUACAGGCCUGGAGCUUGCAGGGCCCUUGUUACUGUGGUGGUGGAGCUGGACGACAAUAAAGUCCGUGAGAAGCAAGCAGAGAGGGCUGCGGCGUCUGCCUCAUCCAGGGGGAGUGGGCGGCGGGCUUGCACAGGACACCCGUCCUCGACCAGACAGUCCGCCCCCAUCCCCGGCUACUCCACCUUCCAUUGAACAGGAGACAACUGGGGACCUUUCUUGGCUGUCGGGAGAAGUGUGAAUCCUCCUUACCUUGGAAUCUGUAUUCCUGGUGUGUGAAAUGGAAGUAAUAGCGACCCCUACCAGUUCAUCUUUCUUAAAAGGCGCGUUGGACCAGAGAGCACUUCCGUGCACGGCACACUCACCUCCCCUGAUGCAGCACGCAGGUCAGCAGGGCAAGGGGGUGUCCCUGCCUUCCUGCCCAGACACGGCGAGAAGUCAUGGACAGAGCGGGAAGAACCACAGCUUUAAAGGCUUCAGAGAACCUCUUUUUAUUCCUGUUUGAGACCCUGGUUCUCUCCUCUCCAUUUAGAAAGGGUACAGCAGCGUCAGGCACAACGAGGUCAGUAUUUGCUCCUCACCAGACCGCCCCCACCGGCCCCGGGGACAAUGCUCAACAGCUGAGGCCCUGAGCCAGCCAGCGUCCCUCAGGACAGAUGUCAUGAGACACACAUACUUGCAGUAAAAUAAGGACUCUCUCUCGUACCCGGAAGGGGGGGAUCUCAGGCACUGAGGCGGGAGAGGGGGCUAAGGGGCUGUCCUUCAUCCUGCGUUGCAGCUCGGUGUCGGGGGGCCCAUCUCUGCUCCCGCGCCAGGCUGCUUCCCACCUACGCCCCUCACAGGAGGGCAGCAUCGGCACCCACGUACACCGCCUCAGUCCCCUCGGAGAAGCAAGAAGGCAGCCGGAGGGGUGCCACGCAGCCCCCUUGUUUGUGCUGGGGCUUGGACCCUCCUCGGGUCCAUACUAGAGAGACCCAGGAUUGUCUGAAAGGAGCUAGGGAGGGAAGGGAACUGCUACUUGAUGGCAAGCACGGGACAGGGGCUGAGGCCCAGAAUGUGUCCAUCUCGGCAUCUCCGAGCUGACCACAACUCUCGGGUGCAAGUCUUAAGGGGGCUGAUCCCAGUGUCGGGGCCCGAGGGCCAGUUUAAGGGGCUCAGGUCUCACCUCCGUGUCUCAGUGUGCCCUCCAGGCUGAGGCUGGCAGCCCCUGCUCCAUCGCUUUCGCCCUUGGAAGGGGCUGCCUCCACGGCCUCCCCCAGGCCCCAUGUGGCCGAGCGCCUCUGCCUGGGACCUGGGCCCCCCCCCCCAGAUCGGCUGUGGCACCCCCACAAGCACUGGCAGGCCGGGGGUCAAGGGUCCCAUUAGAAGACCAAUCUGUGGAAGUCACCACCACUGCCACCUGCAGGGCUGCAGCCCCCUGGGGGACCUUUGUCCUCGUCUUUGUCUUCGUCAAAGCCCCUCCGCCAGUGCGGGGACGCUGGGAGCGCAGAGAUGUAGGCCGCCCUGCUCCGCGCCUCCUUCUCCUGCUCCUGGAAACACAGAUGGGGAUGAAGCAGGCGGCUUCAAAUGUAGGCUCCAAAGCCACAGUGCUCCUUUCACCGCCUGCCCCCGCGGCCACCCAGCCCUUCGGAGCUUCACCCCUGCGAAGGGCCCCCAGAGCCGGGCAACAGAGGGGAGCCCCAGCUUCCCCCACAGGGGCACUGCUGCUCAGCCAGAGGAUGGGAGGGCCGGACCCACAGCCAUCCUGUAUCUAGGUUUCAAAACCAUUCCUCCUCCCCUCCCAGUAUAAGCUCCCAGCAUCCUGGAGGAGGCAGUCCAGAGACUUCCAAGGUCACCUCCUACCCCACUGGGACCUCCCUGCAGGCUUCCUGACGCAACUGUCCGGCUCACUGCCUCUCAGGAGGGACACUCUGCCGAGAAGAAAGCUCUCCCUCCUGCCGCACUGGGGCCGGCCCUGGAGACCCCUCGCCACUGGCCCCAGACCCAUCUCCCCCUGAAGAACUCAGAAGAAAUGGAAAAGCAGAACCAAAGUCCCCCACCCAGGUGCCGCUGGCCGGGGUCCUGGUGUGACCACCCCAGCUGUUUACGGCAGCACGCCUCACGCUGCUUGGAGCCCUGGCUGUUCCAGUUGCUAAGUACUUUGAUGCCACCCUAGACUCUCAGGAGUGGAGUCGAGGGCACAGUGAGAGGGCAACCCUCCCAAAGGCCUUCCCCACCGGCUCGGAUCCACUAGCUCACUCACAGAGCCCCUCCUCCAGCACAUGACAGCUUAAUAAAGAAAUGGUCGUUCCUAA